AAAGCGUCUUUUGAAUUGAGAGAGAUCAUUUCUGUAACUGUAAUAAUCGUAACAUCAAUAUUUACUGUAACUAUAUUGUAUGAAUUACAUUUAACUUUUUUCUCUUUAAUUUUUUUCCUACUGUUUAAAUUAUUAAAAGUUAUCUGCCGAGGAGCGCCGUAGAAACAUCUAGUGACGAAGGGGACAAAAUGUGGUCCGAACCGUCUGAUGAUGAGGGAUUUGAUGAGCAGUUGGCUGAUUUUGACAUCCCCAUUGAUGACGACACUGUCUCUUAUAUGCCGAGGAGCGCUGUAGAAUCAACCAGUGAUGAUGAUCAAACAUUGUCUGAAGAUGAGGGAUUUGUUGAGCAGUUUGCUGAUUUUGACGUCCCCAUUUAUGACGACUCUGAACCGGAAGGGGAAUCUGAACCGGAAGGGGAAUCUGAACCGGAAGGGGAAUCUGAACCGGAAGGGGAAUCUGAACCGGAAGGGACUUUAUGGCAAAAUCUGCAGGGCAGCGAAGUAACGCAAGAACAAUUCGGAAAUUCAUCUGAAAGAGGCUGGGCUGCAAUGUCUCCAAAGCUGAGGUGUGGCGAUGAUUUAAUGAAUUUGCAACUCUUUGGUUCAGGUGUGGACCAAGUUGAGCUUUGUCGGGGUAAUUCUGCGCCUGUUCCUCUUGGCCAUUUGCCACCUGAUUGUGGACGCACUUCACCCACUCCUGGAGGUCUUGUUUAUGCUACACCCUAUGAUGGAUGUGGUGUUGAACAACAGGGAGGAAAUUAUUUCAUGCGGAUGCUAUUGCAGGGUUACCCUGUUGUCAUCUCUUGUCCCAUGACCUAGUCCUUUGCAAAUGUGACCACGUCUGGAUUUCAACCCUCAUUUCUUUUCAACUCUUACUCCUGGAAGCCAAGUACAAUCACCUAUGAUACACCAGCUGCCCCCAUCAUUUCCUUCAACAGUCCUGCAAGCAACGCCUCCGGGAUACCCUCCAUAGCACAUAUAACCACCAUUAUUUUAAACCAUCCCAAUUUCCCCCGGCAGCAGAUGUAACCAGCCUCUACAACACUAACCCAAAAGCCACAUGGUCCUUUCUAUCCUUAUCAUAUCUUUCUACCUCUCUCUGUUGAUGUCU